CCGGCCUCCUCCGGAACGUGCACGCUCUCGCUUUUGCUUCCCGCCGGAGGCUUUUGCGGGGCUCCCCGGGUCCCCGGAGGGGGAAGGGGGGGCAGUGGCGGCAGCUGGGGCUGCAGAAGCAGCCCGGGGGUCCGGAAGUCAACACCAUGUCGAGUCUGCACAAGAGCCGGAUUGCAGAUUUCCAGGAUGUCCUGAAGGAGCCCUCCAUUGUGUUGGAAAAGCUUCGAGAGCUCAGCUUUAGUGGCAUCCCCUGUGAGGGCGGACUGCGGUGCCUCUGCUGGAAGAUCCUCCUGAACUACCUCCCUUUGGAGAGAGCCUCGUGGACUUCCAUCCUGGCCAAGCAGAGGGGCCUCUAUUCUCAGUUCCUGAGAGAAAUGAUUAUCCAGCCUGGCAUUGCCAAGGCCAACAUGGGUGUAUCCAGGGAGGAUGUGACCUUUGAGGACCAUCCGCUCAACCCAAACCCUGAGAGCAGGUGGAACACGUAUUUUAAGGACAACGAGGUGCUACUGCAGAUUGACAAAGAUGUCAGGAGGCUGUGUCCAGAUAUAUCCUUCUUCCAAAGAGCCACUGAGUACCCCUGCCUCCUCAUCCUGGACCCACAGAAUGAGUUCGAGACCCUUCGUAAGCGGGUGGAACAGACAACAUUGAAAUCUCAGACGGUGGCCCGGAACCGGAGCGGGGUCACAAAUAUGAGCUCCCCACACAAGAGCAGCACACCGCCGGCGCUGAACGAGUAUGAAGUUCUGCCCAAUGGCUGUGAAGCCCACUGGGAGGUGGUAGAGCGGAUCCUGUUCAUCUAUGCCAAGCUCAACCCUGGCAUCGCUUAUGUGCAGGGCAUGAAUGAGAUCGUGGGCCCCCUCUACUAUACUUUUGCCACUGACCCCAACAGCGAGUGGAAAGAGCAUGCUGAAGCCGACACCUUUUUCUGCUUCACCAACCUCAUGGCUGAGAUCCGGGACAACUUCAUCAAGAGCCUGGAUGACUCCCAGUGCGGCAUCACCUACAAGAUGGAAAAGGUGUACUCCACCUUGAAGGACAAGGAUGUAGAACUCUACCUGAAACUGCAAGAGCAGAACAUCAAGCCCCAGUUCUUCGCCUUCCGCUGGCUGACGCUGCUGCUGUCGCAGGAGUUCUUGCUGCCUGACGUCAUCCGCAUCUGGGACUCGCUCUUCGCCGACGACAACCGCUUUGACUUCCUCCUCCUGGUCUGCUGUGCCAUGCUCAUACUGAUCCGGGAGCAGUUGCUGGAGGGGGAUUUCACCGUCAACAUGCGGCUUCUGCAGGAUUACCCCAUCACAGACGUCUGCCAGAUCCUACAGAAAGCCAAGGAACUCCAAGACUCGAAGUAACCUGGUAGCAAGAGGCCUGGGCUUGGAAGAGCAGCCACCUGCGCUCUCCACCCUGGUUUGUGGGACCCAGAGCAGCCAGUGGGAAAGGCAGCCUGAGGGCAAGCUGCAAGCUUGGCCAGCUCCAGGUCUUCCCACCCUGGUUCCCAUGGUCCAGGCUCCUCCUCCUGGAGCACACUAUGCUGUGCUCCUUCCCAGUGCUCGGCCCUGCCGCCCUCCCUGCACUUCAGCCCUGUGCCCCUCCGCCCAGGCUGCCGAGCAGGGCUGGAGCCCUGAGACCCCCUCCGCCCAGGCUGCCGAGCGGGGCUGGAGCCCUGAGACCCCCUCCGCCCAGGCUGCCGAGCGGGGCUGGAGCUCCUGAACUGGUUUCCUGGGGCUGGGGCAUUUGGAGCACAGGAGGCUGGCAAGGGCCCUGCCAUGCCUCUGCCAGUAGCUCCAUGUCCUUUGUGCUUUCAUCCUCCCCUGACCUGGUCAGGGUGAGGUAACUGGCGAUGGCCAGAAACCGUUUCUGAGUGUUGGUGCUCAAGCUGCUUGGGGAAGUGAGCCCAGAAGAGCUGCGUGACUGCCAGUUCUCGGUCCACCUUUUGUCUCUCCUGCCUGGUGUGUUUGCUCAUGGCCCCAGGUGUCUCUGUGUCUCUGCUUGUGUGUGUGUGUACAUGUGUGUUCACACGUGCCCUGGACGUGGAGUGAGGGUAUGUUGGAGUCCCUCUAAGGUCCUGCUUCCUCUUUUCUGUGUCUCCUACCUCUGCCUGUCUCCCUCUUCCUCUGCCAGAGGUGUGUGUGACUCCUGUUCCUUCCCCUCCAUUUCUUGUUACCCUUCUCUUGGGGUGCCUUACCCCAAACCUCUUCCCCUCUCCUCCUCUCUCUCUCUGCUUCCUGAAGCCAGCAGUCAGAAGGAGGAGUGUGGCUUAGUAAGACCCCUGAAGGCCAGCCUUGGCUUGGGCAUUCUGUUCCCAUCCCCAGCCCAAGGUCCCCUAGUCAGAGGACCCCACAGUGGCUCGUGAGAGAGCCCUGGCCUGUCCGCUCAUGGAAACCACGUGCUGCUGACGAUGGUGGGCUGUGAGACUCGGAGUCUCUUGCCUAUCUUCUGCCUCUUUGGAGAAAGAGGGGGGAGGAGGAGAGUCAUUUCAGGGCCUCCUGGAGACUCAUCACCUCAGAGGUCAAGGAUGUCCCAGCUGUGCUGGGCCUGGGGGGCGGAGCCUAAGCAUUUCAGUAGAGCUGUCAUCCCUGUGGCUUCCAUGUUCCCACCAAGGGUGUGCCAGUCUCAUCAAGGGCAAGGGGACCAAAGAUGCCUCUGUGUGUCCAGGAGAGCUGCAUCUGUCCUCUCCUCCUACGGGGCUGUAGAGGUGUUGGGCUGUCUCCCGGCUCUGCGCCAGUGUGCCCCUAGCCGCUCCCUGGUCAGCAAGUAGACUUUUUCUGACCUUGCCCCUUCCCUCCUUUUAUGUGGAGGCCAGGUUGUUUGGGUCCUGAAGGUAGGUGGACCGAAAAGGUCCUCACCGUCUGGUUGGCCCCAGGAACUGCAGCAGCCACCUGAAGCCUUCCUGAGCCCGGUGGAGAGGGCUUGCUGCCUUCCCAGGCCGCACUCCGAGGAGUACGCAGUGAGCGUUCUCGGGUGCCGCUGGGACUCCGUGCUUGCCUUUUUCCCGUUUUGCUACCUUCUCCCCCAACACACAAUAUUUGGGUGUUUUGUUUUUUUUUUUAACUAUUUAUUUAGACACAGGCUAUUUAUUGCAGAUUGGCAAGUGACUUGAGGCAGUGGGUGGCUGGUGGUGGCUGGGAUGGUAGAGUUGGUGGCAUGGAUUGUCUUAAUUUCCCAAGGUUAACUCUGACAUCCUCUCCCAUCCCUGGCUGGGAGGGCUGCCAGCUCUACACUAGAACUGUGUGAGAAGGUCAGAGCUGGUACAUUUGCUGUACUCAGAGAUACAGGACACAUGCACUCCCAGCAUCUGGCCGUCCCCUCAUCUAGGACCUGUCACUGGUAGUUCAGCCCCAGCAUUGACCUCUUCAUUGUCUGGAAGCCAGCGGACACUGCCUGGGACACCCAGGGUAUUCCCUUUUGCCUCUCCCUCCCUCCCUCCCUCUCUCCCUCAUCUCCUUGCCUCUCUUCCUUCCUGGGACCAUGCUACUGGAAUCACUGCAUCCGAUUGGUUUCUGUGGGAGACCUGCAUCCUGUGCCCACUGCUUGGUCCUUGGGAUGAAGGCCAAGGACACACAGACUCUUCUUGAGUAGGGUGGCUCCCCUGUUGGGUGUUGCCCGAGGAAAAGACUUGUCCUCUGAGGACCUGCAGCUUCCCCCCCGGAAGCGGCCCCCAGGAGCUCCGCAGGUCCCCCUGAGGGUCAGGACGGCAAUGGCUUUUGUGUUGGCAUCCGUUCCGAGUCAGUGCUGUUCAUGAGUUGUCUUUAAUAAACCGUGUGCUCUUUACCAUGUGGAUUGGUCCUUCGAUGGCCCGACGUGAGACUUUGGAGCAAGGGCAAAGUCAGAGUCCCUUCUACUGUUCUAAGAAAGACCAGGAAGUGCUUUCCAGGAGAGCCUGCCUCUUCCAGUUCAGCUGCCAGUCAGAAGGAGAUGGGUGGGCUUAGGAAGGAGGGCUCUGCCAGUACACACUUCAUUAUUCAUUUUUAAGUUGUAGUUGUGUGCGUCCUGUGGGUUAAGAAGUCUUGCUGCAGUCAGUCCCAUCAUGUGGGUCCCAGAAAUCAAACCCAGGCCACCAGGCCUGGUGGCAGAUACCUUUACCCACAGAACCAUCUCACCUGCUUCUGGCAGUGCACUGUUCUUUAGGUUAGUUAAGACUUAGUUUUAGAGACAAGAGUUUUGCUAUGUAGUCCAGGCUAGCUUCAAGCUCUGUUCAUCCUCUUUUAGUCUCUGAGGCAGGGGCCUCUGCCUCCUGAGUGUUGGGAUUAAAGGCGUGUGCCAGCCCACCUGGCUCAAUCAGGAGUGUUUCAUAUGCUAACUGUAAACUCGGAAAAUAAUAAAAUGCUACUUGCAAUACCUAAGAGAAA